AUGGCCCCCCUUCCUAAGUCCUCCCGUCCGAAGUCCUCUUCUGGCCCCACUGGCCCCUCUGGCCCUGGUGCUCCAGCUGCUUCCGCUACCCCGGCUGCCAAUACUGCCCCUGCUGGCCAGUCCGCCCAGGCUGGUUCCGCCCCUACUGGUCCUACUCGUACUGGUUCUACUCGCACUGGUUCUACUCGUACUGGUUCUACUCGUACUGGUUCUACUCCCACUGGUCUCACUCCUACUGGCCGUCCUCGCAAUGUUCCCCGUGUUUCACCUAGUUACCAGGCGCCGUUUGGUCACGAAGCCUUCCGACUCCAGAUUCGUGAUCCAGACACUGCUUUUUUAGUCUUUGUCUUUUUUGUAAAGUAA